UCAGGAUGGCCCCUGUGAAGAGGAAGUGCAUCUGCGACCUGUGCUCUUGCGGGAGGCAUCACUGUCCACAUAUACCUACCAAGAUUUAUGAUAAAACAGAGAAACCAUGUCUUCUCUCCGAAUACACCGAGAACUACCCACUGUAUCACUCAUACCUGCCCAGAGAGUCCUUCAAGCCCAAGCUGGAGUAUCAGAAAGGGUCCAUAGCAAUGGAAGGCCUGACCACAUCCAGAAGAGACUUUGGGCCUCACAAAGUGGUACCAGUGAAGGUCCACCAACCUGACCAGUUCAUCCCCAGUGAAGAGAAUAUGGAUUUGCUCACAACAUACAAACAAGAUUACAAUCCCUAUCCUGUCUGUCGAGUGGACCCCAUUAAACCUCGGGAUAGUAAAUACCCGUGUGGUGACAAGAUGGAGUGUCUGCCUACUUACAAAGCUGAUUAUUUAGCUUGGAACCAACCACGACGAGAGCCACUUCGCCCGGAACAUAACUACCGGCCAGCAUCAACCAAGUUUGAUAGCAGAACUACACAUCAGGAUGACUACCCCCUAAAGGGCCUUGUGAACACCAUGAGCUGUAAGCCUCCAGCCAUGCCGAAGCUCUGCAAUAUCCCCUUAGAGGAUCUGACCAACUACAAGAUGAGUUAUGUGGCCCACCCUAUGGAGAAGCGCUUUGUGCAUGAGGCAGAGAAGUUCAGACCCUGUGAAAUCCCCUUUGAGAGCCUUACCACCCACAAAGAGUCCUACAGGGGCCUGAUGGGGGAGCCUGCAAAGAGCCUGAAACCUCCAGCUCGGCCCCCUGGCCUAGACACACCCUUCUGUAACACCACUGAGUUCCGAGACAAGUACCAAGCUUGGCCAACACCCCACAUGUUCUCCAAAGCUCCUGCCACCUAUGUCCCUCCUGAAGAGAGGAUGGAUCUUCUGACAACAGUGCAGGCCCAUUACACAUACCCCAAGGGUGCACCUGCUCAGUCCUGCCGGCCAGUGCUCCCAGUUAAGAAGAGUGGCUGUUUCCAAAGCUCCACGACCACCAAGGAAGACUACAAGCCAUGGGCUAGCAUACGUCCAGAGCCAGUCAAGCCUAUCCCCCAGCUGAAUAUUCCCACUGAGCCCUUGGACUGCCUCACCACCACUCGGGCCCACUACGUUCACCACCCCCCUGUCAGUACCAAGAGCUGUAAACCCCUUUGGUCUGGCCCUCGGGGAAAUAUCCCUGUGGAGGGCCAGACCACUUAUGCCAUCAGCUUUACUCCCAAGGAAAUGGGCAGAUGCCUAGCUUCAUAUCCUGAGCCCCCUGGCUACAUUUUUGAGGAAGUGGAUGCUCUGGGGCACAGGAUAUACAGGCCAAUUUCCCAGACGGGCUCUCGGCGGAGCAGCUGUCUUUCUGUAGGUGAUUCGGAAAAUCCCAACCAGCCAGAGCUGGCAAUGUCAGCCUGAUUUUGAAAAUUGUUAUUUAAAAAUUGCACAGUACUUUUAAAAGCAGAUGAUUCAGGAUUAUUGGUUGGACAAAAAAGAAUUUCCAAAAUGAAAAAAAAAAAAGUUAACACCACCAUUUCCAGGACACGUAAAUAAAGUGAGAAUCACUUAAGGAAAAUGACAUUGAAUCACUGGCUAAUUAACUCCCUUAGUCCUGCCUUUACUGUCUUAUCCCUUCACCCCUGGGAUCCUUUACCUUGUACUCAUGGAAUCAAAAUGGUCUGAGAU